AUGUCUGACUAUCACGACUAUCACGGUAGUGGUGGUCAGCAGUAUGGCAACUACUACGGCGAGCAGCCCCCCAACCCAGAAUACUACUACUACUACACUGGUCAUGGUACGGGCGACUACUACACUGGCCAUGGUACGGGCGACUACAACACCCAGCCGUACGGUCCUGAGCCUUACCAUCAUGGCCCUGUCAUGUAUCCUGUCUACGAGUACUACUACCCUACGCCGACCAUGGGCUAUGAUUAUGACGGUGCUCCUAUGGCUGUGCCCCAUCCUCAUUACCCGACCAUCGUGGAGUGCUAUGCUGCAUCAGCGCUGCAGGCUACUGCCCCGCCUCCGACUGGCAUUUACGCUAUGCAGCUGCCUCAAGGCUAUGCCGGCUAUGCAGUCCAAGAGCAGGGCGAUGCAGGUGCAGAGUUGAACAUGUAUGCCGCGUCGAUUGAGCACAGCGAGGGAACUGUCAAUGAGCCCGACGAAGAAGCUGUCAAUGAGCAUAACGAGGCAGCUGUCAACGAGUACAACGUGGGAACUGUCACUGAGCUCAACGACGAAGCUAUCAACGAGUACAACAUGGGAACUGUCAAUGAGCUCAACGACGAAGCUGUCAAUGAGCACAACGACGGAGCUGUCAACACCAACGUCCCCAUUGACGCACUGGUAUCUUCGUCCGCCAACACCGCUCCCCACGAUGAGCCCAACACUGCCAACGGCGAUGCAGUCCAGCCUCCGAGCUCCACACCAACUCCGUCUGCACUUCUGUCCGGGGCAUUCCACAUCCCCCCCUCGCAAGCUACUGCCUAUGUCGCCGACAACCUGCCCCUCGUCCAGCAGCUCAACUCCACGAACUCGGCAGCCGUGAAAGAAGUCUUGCUCAAAGGCUACAACACGCUCCGCGGCAAGCAAGCCUACGCUCAGGGUCACUCGCAAACCAUCAUGAUGGAACUUGCGGAGACGCACGAGCUCGAGCGCGUCGCUGACCGCAACGUCGUCGCUUCCUACGAGCGCGCCGCCAUGAAGCUGGAAGCCGCGCAGGAGGCCCAUGACGAAGUCGACAAGGCAGCUUGCUACGCUGAGGUAGUCCACCAUGUGCGCAAGGCAAAGGAGCAUAGCGAAGCGGCGAGGGAGCUGCGCAACAAGUGUCAUGAGCUGCUCAAAGAGAUCGCCUACUGGGACCUGGCCAAGCUGCGUCUUGAGAAGCUCUUGGUUGAUCUGCUGUAUGCCAUUGUCAGCUUUGCCCUUGCUAGGAAUGAGCGUGAUGCCAGAGGAGACUACACGAGGGAGUGAGGGGGUUCCAGAUAUGUACGAGGCGUUGAUUUGGCUUUGGGCAUGUGCCUUUGCAUGGCCAGGGUACAGGUUUACGUUGCAUGUCUUCUCGCGACUCGAGUGGAACGGAUCCUUUACGAUCAACGAUUUGGGGGGAUGACACGAUUUUGCUGCGAUGGAUGGAAAUUUGCACUUUGCACACACUCAUGUUACAGCCCUGUCUUCUCUACACAAUGGCAGCAUAGUAUCUCAAUGUACUGGCUGACGAUGACUUGG